AUGUGCAUCCGCGUCCUAACAAUCUUCAAAUGCGCCUGUCCCUAUCGUAACACCCUCGUCUGUCCACACCAUGUUCAUGUCCGCGAACCAUCUUCUUCUUCAUCAACAGCCUCGUCAGACCUCUCCCCAUCAAAACCGUCAUCACCAUCGCCAUCUCGACCAAACACUGCUACUUCCUCCGAAGCCCCCGAAAACAACAACACUACCGCCGACACAAACGACGUAACAAAUGCAGAUGACUUCCAAAAAGGCUUCCACUCCCGCCUCCCCUCCGCUCUCCAGGGCCAUAAAUCCUGGACGCCCCUCCCCGGCAAGGAAAACCAGCGGUGGGAGCACUGUCCGGGGUACUUGGCCAAGAGCCGGGCCCUAGCAGCAGUGGCUUCCGCUGCUGUUAGCAAAACAGGCGAGGUACUUGUGGGGAAAGAAACGCAAUGCGCCGAGUACAAAGCUACGGAACCCAAGUUCAGGAGGCGGUGGGAGGUGAAGACGGGGUUGUGUAAAGAGUGUAAGGGGGUGCAUGGGAUGGAUGGACCUUCUGGUGUUGGGGUUGUUGAGGAGGCUCGGGAGAAUAAGGUGGGGAAAGUGGUGGUUCGGGUAGGAAAGGGAAUGCCCUUGGUGAAGGGAAUGGUGACGGGGAACUUGAAGAGAAGCGAGGCGGAAAGGGGCAGGGGAAGGGCGAGGAGUAGAGCUGCUACGGAUCCUACGGCUGGUGCUAUGCCGGUGCCGGUGCCGGUGCAUGUGGAUGCCGCCGGGGGGAAUGUGGUGAAGGGGGUGAGUGCCGAGGUUGUGGGAAAGAGGGUGGUGAGGAAGAGGAUAGCUACUUUGUGA